AUGACAGACCUCUACCCAGAAAACCACAAUUUUUUUGCUUUUGUCCGUGAUUGUGUGAUAGCUCUCAUCAACAAAGUUGGUACCAGAGAAACCUCAGUUAAACUAGGUGUCUCAAUUCCAGCCCUUGAGCUGAUUCUUCAAAGCAGAGAAGAAGCCUACACUCCAAGAACUUAUAAAAAAGAAAGGCCAGACCCUGACGUAAAAUUUGAAAAUUUGCUUGAAGAAGUUGAAGGCGAAGAAGAUGAAAUUAGGAUUUUGCCUGACGGAAGAAGGCACUACCCAGCUGGAUUCAAGAAAAAAGUAGUCAACGCUUAUAUGUCUUCCAAAGACUUCAUCGGCACAGCUAAACAGUUUGAUAUAAGCUCAACUCUAUUGCAAAAUUGGAUUUUCAAAGUUCAAGACGGAGAAAAUUUAAAUGAUAAUCCAGGAAAAAAAAGAUAA